AGGAUACUGGCUUGUGUCCUAUGCCAGCAUCGCAAAAUCAAAUGCGAUAGGAAUUCACCAUGCUCCAACUGCAUCAAGGCCAAUGUCACCUGCACGCCUAGCACCCCGGCGCCAGCCCGCAAACGCCGGCGCCCGAAUCAAGAUCUCCAGGAACGCCUUGCUCGAUGCGAGGAACUGCUCAAGCAG